UGUUGUUCCAAGAAACUUUCAGUUGCUGGAAGAGCUAGAAAGAGGAGAGAAAGGAUUUGGUGAUGGGACUGUCAGCUAUGGAAUGGAUGAUGGAGAUGAUAUUUAUAUGCGGUCUUGGACAGGAACAAUCAUUGGACCACAUAAUUCAGUGCAUGAUGACUGUAUAUAUCAGCUAAAAUUAUUCUGCGACAAGGACUAUCCAAUCGAACCCCCAACUGUCAUAUUUCUUUCUUGGAUCAACAUGACCUGUGUAAACAAGGAAAAUGGAAUGGUUGAACUAAAGCAUUUUUCGAUGUUAGCAAAUUGGCGAUCAGAGUACAACAUGGAGGAUAUUCUAAUGGAGCUCAAAUGUGAAAUGACAACAUCACACAAUAGAAGGUUGUCACAAUCGGCAGAUGAGAGCACAUUUUAA